GGGAGCACUUGUACCGUGUUUGAGAGUGUGAAGUGCACUCGCAGAGCAAGGAAAGCACCAAAAAGCAGAACGUGCGGAACGGAGCGUCCCUGCUGUAGAAGACUCUGCGUCCGCCAUCAGCGCCCCCCCGGUGAACGCCCGACUUGAGGAAAACACCUCGGAUUCUGUCUACUUCCCCUCCUCCACCGCUGCCGGCCAUCUCUCCCUUCUCUUUUCCUCCUUCCUUCUGGACCGCCAACUUUGGAUGUCCUGCUGCGAUUGGCGCCACCUGCUUCCAGUGCAACCCUCUCUUGCGUUCGGCCGCUUCUCGGGUGGCCUCUCCCUCGAUCGGCUGUUUUCCCAUCAUCCUGCUCAAAGUUUUUAGUUUGGAAGAAAUAUGGCGAUUGGAGAUGAAUUGGGUGCUUCUGAGAAGAAAUUGAAGAGUGGUAACAUUGAUGUGCCUAUCUUUAACGCUGAGAAUUUGCAGAACAAUAUGAAAAUUAUCUAUUACAGCCGCACCUUUUUAUCCAUUAUUGGUGGUGUGGUAGCUGGAAUUUUGGGGUUCACUGGUAUGAUGGGCUUCAUAUUUUAUUUCCUGAUUAUGGCGGUAACUUCUCUGGGAAUUGCAAUAAAGGCAAAGUUUUCUAUUCAUAACUACUUCGAUUCUUGGAACCGGGUUCUGCUUGAUGGCUUCUUUGGCGGCCUUAUGUCGUUCGUGCUCUUCUGGACAUUUGCGUAUGACAUUGUGCAUAUAUUCUGAGAGCUGAUAACAAAGAUUUUGUGGUUCGAGGGCAUUGGAGGACAAUUGACUCUUAGAAGAAUAUGAUGUUUGCUGAGAGUUUAUGUUUGGCUACUCAGAAGAUCCGAACAAUUUUGAAAGUUUAUAUUUGGCUACUCAGUAGAUCUGAACAAUUUUGAAGUUCCUUGUAAUAUUUUAUUCAUGUUCUUUACGCUAGAGAUUUAUUCCUUUAUGGAUGUAGAAUUUCUGCAGCAGAAAGAAAAUGAUUUGUUCUGAGUACA